AUGCGGAUUCUCGCGAUUCUCCUCGCGCUGUCGACAUUGUUUGCGCUCGCGAUUUCGUCGGAAAACUCCAGCUCGCCGCACCUCCUUCCGCGGCCGUUGAUCUUCGAGUCCCACCAGCUCAAGAGCGUCGACAACGACAAUGUCAAUGUGCAUUGCACGAGCUGGAGAUUCGCGGCGGAGACGAACAACCUCGCGCCGUGGAAAACGAUUCCGACGGAAUGCGCCGAUUACGUGAAAAACUACCUGACGGGUAAAGGCUACGUCGUCGAUCUGGAGAGAGUCUCGGAAGAGUCUAUGGUUUACGCGAGCAGCUUCGGAUUUGCCGGUGACGGGAAAGAUAUUUGGAUUUUCGAUAUCGAUGAGACUCUCUUAUCGAAUCUUCCGUAUUAUCUAGAACACGGUUGUGGGUUGGAAGCUUUUGAUCAUUUCAAGUUUGAUAAGUGGGUGGAGAAAGGUGUUGCACCUGCCAUAGCACCAAGCUUGAAACUUUACCAAAAGGUUAAAGAUUUGGGGUACAAAAUUGUCCUGCUUACAGGGCGGAGAGAGAUCCACAGGGCUGUGACCGUCGAGAACCUCCUCAAUACCGGUUUCCGUAACUGGGACGAGCUUAUCCUGAGGUCGUCGGAUGAUGAGCGCAAGACGGCGACCGUGUACAAGUCGGAGAAGAGGGAAGAGAUGGUGAAAGAAGGGUAUAGGAUCAGAGGCAAUUCAGGUGAUCAAUGGAGUGAUUUGUUGGGUUUUGCAAUGUCGGAGAGGUCUUUCAAACUUCCGAAUCCAAUGUAUUAUAUCCCCUGA